AUGGUGGUGGCACACCCCACCGCCGCCGCCACCGCCACCGUCACAGCCACCGUCGUGAUGACCACAGCCACCAUGGACCUGCGGGACUGGCUUUUCCUCUGCUACGGGCUCAUCGCCUUCCUGACGGAGGUCAUCGACAGCACCACGUGCCCCUCCGUGUGCCGCUGUGACAACGGCUUCAUCUACUGCAACGACCGGGGGCUCACGUCCAUCCCCGCCGACAUCCCUGACGACGCCACCACCCUCUACCUGCAGAACAACCAGAUCAACAACGCCGGCAUCCCCCAGGACCUCAAGACCAAGGUCAACGUGCAGGUCAUCUACCUGUACGAGAACGACCUGGACGAGUUCCCCGUCAACCUGCCCCGCUCCCUGCGGGAGCUGCACCUACAGGACAAUAACGUGCGCACCAUCGCCCGGGACUCGCUGGCCCGCAUCCCACUGCUGGAGAAGCUGCACCUGGACGACAACUCCGUGUCCACCGUCAGCAUCGAGGAGGACGCCUUCGCCGACAGCAAGCAGCUCAAGCUGCUCUUCCUGAGCAGGAACCACCUCAGCAGCAUUCCCUCGGGGCUGCCCCGCACGCUGGAGGAGCUGCGGCUGGACGACAACCGCAUCUCCACCAUCCCGCUGCACGCCUUCAAGGGCCUCAGCAGCCUGCGGCGCCUGGUGCUGGACGGCAACCUGCUGGCCAACCAGCGCAUCGCCGACGACACCUUCAGCCGCCUGCAGAACCUGACCGAGCUCUCGCUGGUGCGCAACUCGCUGGCCGCCCCGCCCCUCAACCUGCCCAGCGCCCGCCUGCAGAAGCUCUACCUGCAGGACAACGCCAUCAGCCACGUGCCCUACAACACGCUGGCCAAGAUGCGCGAGCUGGAGCGCCUGGACCUGUCCAACAACAACCUGACCACGCUGCCCCGUGGCCUGUUCGACGACCUGGAGAACCUAGCCCAGUUGCUGCUCCGGAACAACCCUUGGUUCUGUGGCUGCAACCUCCUUUGGCUGCGGGACUGGGUGAAGGCGCGGGCAGCCGUGGUCAACGUGCGCGGUCUCAUGUGCCAGGGCCCCGAGAAGGUCCGGGGCAUGGCCAUCAAGGACAUCACCAGCGAGAUGGACGAGUGCUUCGAGGCGGGAGCGCAGGGCGGCGCAGUCAACGCCGCCGCCAAGACCACGCAUGCCAGUGACCACGCCUCUGUCACCACGCCCCAGGGCUCUCUCUUCACCCUCAAGGCCAAGAGGCCGGGGCUGCGCCUCCCCGACUCCAGCCUCGACUACCCCAUGGCCACGGGCGAUAGCGCCAAGACCCUGGCCAUCCACGUGAAGCCCCUGACGGCGGACUCCAUCCGCAUCACGUGGAAGGCCACGCUGCCCGCCUCCUCCUUCCGGCUCAGCUGGCUGCGCCUGGGCCACAGCCCAGCCGUGGGCUCCAUCACGGAGACCCUGGUGCAGGGCGACAAGACGGAGUACCUGCUGACGGCCCUGGAGCCAAAGUCCACCUACAUCAUCUGCAUGGUCACCAUGGAGACCGGCAACGCCUAUGUGGCUGACGAGACGCCUGUGUGCGCCAAGGCAGAGACGGCCGACAGCUCCGGCCCCACCACCACCCUCAACCAGGAGCAGAACGCCGACCCCAUGUCGGGCCUGCCCCUGGCGGGCAUCAUCGGUGGCGCCGUGGCCCUCGUCUUCCUCUUCCUGGUCCUCGGGGCCAUCUGCUGGUAUGUGAACCGGGCCAGCGAGCUGCUGACCCGGGAGCGGGCCUACAACCGGGGCAGCCGGAAAAAGGACGACUAUCUGGAGUCAGGGACCAAGAAGGAUAACUCCAUCUUGGAGAUCCGCGGCCCCGGGCUACAGAUGCUGCCCAUCAACCCUUACCGCGCCAAAGAGGAGUACGUGGUCCACACCAUUUUCCCCUCCAACGGCAGCAGUCUCUGCAAGGGCACACACACCAUCGGCUACGGCACCACGCGGGGCUAUCGCGACGGGGGCAUCCCCGACAUAGACUACUCCUACACCUGA